CGACGUCCUUUCUUCAACAUCGGAGAAGUACUCUAGAGCAGAAUGUUGCCACACGUACUCUGCUCAACACUCUCCAACGCAUUCAAAGCACGACACUCGCUCGUCCCGUUACGCUACACCGCCGAGAAUCUCGCAAUCCUCUCUCUCCUCCUGCGACACGGCUUCCUCCUCUCCCUCUCACGGGGUACCAAAGACUCCACAGAACCAACGUCAUUCCUUACCGCAUCAGAACAAGACCGACGUAUCUGGGCACAGCUCAAGUACAGAGACGACAUCUCUGUCCUUGGCUCUGUCGAACUCAUUUCCCACCCCAGCAAACGUAUCUUCUGCGAGUGGGACGACCUGUACAACCUGACGAUCGGAAGGAGGGCAAAGUAUGUCCGCCCAAUGAUGUUUGGAGAGAUUGCGGUAGUACAGACGAAGGAUGGGAGGGGCAGGAAGGCUUGGAUGGAGAUUAGGGAUGCGGUGAGGGCGAAGAAGGGCGGAGAGCUCUUGGUGAGGGCACGAUGACCGCCUUGAGAAACGGGUGGGAAGUCGUAUUGUUGGAUACGCGUGGAGAAAAGGGAUCGCAGGUUCCAGGAUUUGUAGAGGCUGUAUUGAACAGCUGUGUUCUCACAGCAUAAUACGUUCUGGUGCUGGCCGCACCAGAAGA